GACCCAACGGCCGCCAGGGCCCGGAGGCGCUCUAGCCCGCCAAGCGCACUCGCUGCCCCGCGCCUCGACGCUCUUUCCCGCGGCUGUGAGCCGCCUCUGGCCCCUCUGCGUCCCUCCGACGCUGCGGUGAGGCGAGUCGGUGAGAGGAGGACUCGGUUCCCUUCCACCAUGGAGCUGGCCCGCCCCUGCUCCAACUUUCAGUCAGACUUGGAUUUCUGCCCAGAUUGUGGCUCGGUCCUGCCGCUGCCUGGAGCUCAGGAUACUGUCAUCUGCCCUCGCUGCGCCUUCUCCAUCGAUGUGCGAGAUUUCGAAGGGAAGGUAGUGAAGACCUCAGUUGUGUUCCACAAACUGGGGGCGGUCAUACCUAUGUCUGUGGACGAAGGGCCUGAAUCCCAGGGACCAGUGGUUGACAGGCGCUGCCCUCGGUGCGGUCACGAGGGAAUGGCAUACCACACGAGACAGAUGCGCUCAGCUGAUGAAGGACAGACUGUCUUCUAUACCUGUAUUAACUGCAAAUUUCAGGAAAAGGAAGAUUCUUGACCUUUUUAUUCUGGCAACUCAGCAACAAUACUUCCUUCUUGGAAGGUGAAGACUUUGAUGCCUGCUCUGUCCUCUCUGGCUUCAGUGCUUUGUCCUCAGAAUAAAAUCACUGCCCCCGGAAUACUCCUUCCCCUACUUGAAUUUACUAAAGGUCUAUUUUCUAUGAAA